AUGGUACUACCGAACUCAAACCUAAACAAUGAACUAGAAGAUUUUGAAGCAUACCUAGAACCAGACUUUAAUUCAACAAACUUUGCAAAUUCGCUAUUGAUAGCAUCAAAUGGGAAUGAAAAUCAAGAAUUAGACUUACAAACCCCAAUUAAAAAAUUGAAAUAUGAUUUAAUUGAAUUAGAUAAAAGGAUAAAAAACAUAUCAUCUACAAAUUACGAAGCUUUGGUCAAAAAUUUCGUACAGAUUAAUCAGUACCAGAGUAUUCAAGAACAACAAAUUAACCCAAACUUAACAACGAUAAAUAAGCAAUUUGAUAAGAUUAAAAAAGAAGUAAUUGAACCAUACGAUGAAGCUCAAAAAUUAACGAACGCUUUGAAGAAAUUACAUCAAACUUUGGAAUUGUUGAGAAAUGCAUCUUUUUUCAUAUUCAUAAUUCAACAAUUGGAAGAUUUACCAAUAAUAAGUAAUGAUAAUAAUGAUAAAGAUUUAGUUAAAGCAAGUAAAUUAUAUAUUCAAUUAUCAAAACUUUAUGACAAUCUGAAAAGGGAUUUAAGAGAGAAUAAUAUAAUGUCAAUAAAAUUAAUCAGAGAUUACGAAGCAACUGCAACCACUAGAAAGCAAAGUCUUAUCUCAAAUUGUUGUAUAACGAUCUCCAACGAGUUUGGUAGAGUAGUAAAUAUAAAUUAUAAAAACCAAAAAUUGUUUAACAACCUCCAAGCAUUGUAUAUAUUGAACAAAUCUGAAUUUUUCACCAACUUUGAUAAAUCAACUAUACAAAAACAAUUAAGUAUAAGUAAUAAUCAAUUAUCUAAAGCAUUACAAAGUCCAAGAAAUUUCACAUCAAUCAUAAAUGAGAUUAAACAAAAUAAUGAUACUUAUUUUCAAAACUUGGAUGAGAUAUUACAAAAAUGGCAAUUUAACACCACGGAGGACCAAAAUGAAAAAUUGAUAACAAUAAUAUCAAACUACUAUGAUUGUGAAUCACUAACGUUAAUGUUUUGGCAAAAAUUGUCUAACUUGUUCAAGAGAAAUAUAGUUGCAACAAUGGCAAGAGGGGGUCCAACAGCUAAAAAUUUAAAAGUUUAUAGCCAAGGUUUGAAAAAUUCAGUUACUGAACUGUUUAAAGAUAAUAAUGAUGUAAAAGAAUUGUUUUUGGAAGCAUUGUCAAUGAUAGAUUAUAAAUAA